AUGGCUGAGAUCCGCCGCAAGUUGGUCAUCGUCGGUGACGGUGCCUGUGGUAAAACCUGUUUGUUGAUCGUCUUCUCCAAGGGCACUUUCCCCGAGGUCUACGUCCCCACCGUCUUCGAGAACUACGUCGCCGAUGUCGAGGUCGAUGGCAAGCACGUUGAGCUGGCCCUAUGGGAUACCGCUGGUCAGGAGGAUUACGACCGUCUCCGCCCUCUGUCCUACCCCGACUCCCACGUUAUCCUGAUCUGCUUCGCCGUCGACUCCCCCGACUCGCUCGACAACGUCCAGGAGAAGUGGAUCUCCGAGGUUCUGCACUUCUGCCAGGGCCUGCCCAUCAUCCUGGUCGGCUGCAAGAAGGAUCUCCGAUACGACAACAAGACCAUUGAGGAGCUCCGCAAGACGAGCCAGAAGCCCGUCUCGCCCGAGGAGGGUGAGGAAGUCCGCAAGAAGAUCGGUGCCUACAAGUACCUCGAGUGCUCCGCCAAGACGAACGAGGGUGUGCGCGAGGUGUUCGAGCACGCUACGCGCGCCGCUCUUCUGUCCCGCAGCCGCCCCGGCCGUGGCCACAAGGGCAAGUGCAUGAUCCUAUAG